CGUGACGCGGCGCGAGCAGGGCGUGUGUCGGUCCCUGGAACCCACAUCUGGACCGUAAUAACGCUCGUUUCAAGCGUUAAUAACACAGGGCAUGGACUAAUGAGACAAAAAAGCUUUAUGAGAAUAAGUGAAAAGCAACAAUGUGACAACGUUGGCCUGUUGCUCCGCUCGGUAGGAGAGCGACCGCGGCCGCUACGCAGAUGACAGCCUUCAUGACGGCGUUCCCAGUGAUCCUCGUCCAGCCCACAUGCCCCGGAGACCAGCACGCGAAAGGUGUCCAGUUCCAGUUGACUUGUCACCUUUACCGAGAGAGUCACAAAACUCAGGUCUGGCUUUGUUUCUUAGUUCUGAGCCUCCUGAGUACUUCUACGUCUGCUGCUCCUGAGCUUGCUACAAGUCAUCUACUGACAUGUUUGAAGUCUGAAACACUGAAAAAUGCCAUUGAGAGAUCUGAGGCGAUGCUGUAUGCUCCGUUAAGUAGUGACGUUAAAGAAAACUGUAAAAUGAUAUCGCUCAGAUGUUACAUGUCGGAGUUGACCAUGGUCAUCGCUGAGGAAGAAAUUCAGGAUCCAAAAACACAUAUUUUCUUUGAUUUCAAUGAGAAGCUGCCGAAAGACCACCCUGUUGACUGUCCACCAUGUGAAGCAUACUCACUUAAAAAUAUGACAGUAUUCCUGGAAAGACUCAUUAGCCUUUUGCAAGAAAUUAAUAUUCGGACAACGUGAUGUGAUGUAAAUACGAUAUAAGCUACAAAUGAUUAUUUGUAAAUAUUUGUAAAGAAUUGUGGCUGUUUUUAUUUUGUAAAUAUCACACUAACUGUGCCAACCUGUAUUUUAAAAUGUAAGUUUAAAUGGUUGAAAGAACUAAAUCUCAAGCCGUUGAUUGCUUUUAACGGUGCACAUGAAGUCUGUCACUGUGCGGCACAACUCGCCUUUCAGUGAGACCGUUUGGAGAGAAGGACCAGGAAGUAGCAAACAUCCAUCCAUCCAUCCAUUUUCAAUACCGCUUAUCCUCAUUAGGGUCGCGGGGGAAGUAGCAAACAGUAGCAGCAUUUACUGUAUAUAAUGUUUAAUAUGAAUAAGCUCUCUGCUAAACACUACUGAAUGUGACACCAGUUAUACAGUAUACGCCUUAUUAACUCCAGUAUCUUCAGAAUAGUUGCUCACUCCAUUAAAUACUACUGAACUAUGAAGUCUUUCUUUGUAUUUAUUUUAGCCUUUUGUUUCAUCUCAAGUGAUUGUUAA